AUGCCCAAGGGAAAGGCUGAAGGGGAUGCUAAAGGAGAGAAAGCCAAGGGGAAGGACGAACAACAGAGAAGAUCUUCGAGGUUAUCUGCUCAACUUGCUCCUCCAAAGCCAGAGCCCAAGCCUGAAAAGGCCCCUGCAAAGAAGGGAGGGAAGGUACCCAAAGGGAAAAAGGGAAAAGCUAAUGCUGGCAAGGAAGGGAAUAACCUUGCAGAAAAUGGAGAUGCCAAAACGGACCGGGCACAGAAAGCCGAAGGUGCUGGAGAUGCCGAGUGA